AUGUUCAUACCAUAUAAAAAAAAUAAAGGAUAUAAAAUCCCUGUUAUAUUUGAGUUUGGAUAAUAAAAUACAAGAGUUGGAUAUGCAGGAACUGAUGGUCCAGAAGUUGUUUUACCAUCUGAUUUAUUAAUGGAUAGUGAGGGAAAUAUGAAAUUUAUUGAAUAAAAUAGUACAUAUCAACCAGUUGGAUUUGAUGUUAAGAAUAUACUUUUAGGAGGAUAGAUAGUUGAUUUCGAUAUAUGGAAAGAAUAUGUAGAACACAUUCUAAAUAAUCUUUUAUUUUAAGAAAGACAUUUCCCAUUUUUUUUUGUCGAAAAUGGAAAUGUCAAAAAAGAAACCAGAAAUAAAAUCAUCGAAAUGCUUUUUGAAGAAAUAGAUGUUUCCUCUGUUUUUUUUCACAGAAACACUAUGUUAGCUUAAUAUAUAGUAGGAAAAGAUAAUGUAUUAGUAGUUGAUUGUGGAGCAUCUCAUACUACAAUUACUCCAAUAUUGGAUGGUAAUGUUAUUGAAAAAGGUAAUCUAAAUUUACUUUAUUUUAGGUAUUCUUAGAAGUGAUAUAGGAGGAGAGUAUAUUACAAAUAAAUUAUAUGAAAUUUGGAAAUAAUAAGGUUUAGCAUUUUCUAGAUUUAAAAAUUAUAGUCAACUCUCUCCAUCUCUUUAAAUGUAUGGAGAUUUGGAAAUAGUUAGAGAAAUUAAACAUCAAUGUGUUAAACUAUAUGAUUAACCUAUAGAGAAUUUGUAAUUAUAUACCUUAACAUAUUUUAAGAAAAUUCAAUCCAACUGUUGAUAAUUAAGCAUAUGAAUUACCAGAUUAAACUAAAUUAUUAAUAUCUGAAGAAAUGUAUAAGUAUCCAGAAUUUUUAUAUGAACCUACAGAAAAUUUUGAAGGAUUGGAUAAAGCAUUAGAAACAAGUUUAGAAAAGAUUGAUUCUGAUUAUAGAAAGGAAUUAGUUCAAAAUGUUAUAUUGAUAGGAGGAGCUAGUUGUACAGUUAAUAUGGUCGAAAGAUUUUAAAGAACAAUAAAUAAUCUUAAAAUAUUUGGAUUAUCUUCAAGAAGUAAAGUAUAAACCCUCCCAAAAUUUUUUGAUCGUUAACAUGCUUCUUGGUUAGGAGCUUCUAUUGUUGCAAGUUCAUAAAUUUAUGAUCAAUGGACUUUAAAUAAAUCAGAUUAUGAUGAACAUGGAUCUUCUCUAAUAGAAAAAAAAAUGUUUUAUUGA